AUGACCAUAAACUUCCUCAACGAGACUAUUACCCCCGUCUCCUUUGCCAAAGAUCUAGGAAUGACAAUCGACUCUUAUUUGACAUAUGACCAGCAUAUCACCAACCUGGUUUCUUCAUGUAUGAAUUCCUUGUGCCAAAUAAACCGAGUCAAAAAAUGUUUCGAUAAAGAAGCUUUAACUCUCAUCGUCUCGGCACUUGUAAUGAACAAAAUGUUCUAUUGUUCAACGGUUUGGUCAAACACUUCGUCUACCAACAUUAAGAAACUACAGUUGGUACAAAAUUUUGCAUGCAGGAUAAUAACAAAUAUUGGAAAGUUCGACCAUAUUUCGCCGGGCUUACGUGAACUUAACUGGCUCCCAGUAAAGGAACAAUUACUACUAAGAGAGGCUAUUAUGAUGUACAAAUGUGUCAAUGAACUUGUUCCACAUUAUUUGAGCGAUUUAUUCACAAAACGUUCUGACAUUCAUCAACGAGAUACACGUAGCCAUGACUCACUGCAAAUACCAUUGUACAAAACUUCUGCAGGUCAAAG